UUUUUGUUCCUCGAUCGCGCGGCACGCACCCCGAUUAUCUGCCUUAUGACAUCACAAGAGAUUUCAGCUGUGACGAAAUAUUCGCGUGGAAUGGAUAGCAACUUACUGUACAGUGAAAACGCAAUCGGAAAUAAGAGCAAGAAGGAUGCUUGCUUCAUAUUUUGUACACAUAAGCAGUGUUGUUGUGAUUCUGCUGUGUACUUUUGAUCUUGCAUCAUGUCAACUUAUUCCUGGAAUGUAUUGCGGAGAAGAAAAUUGUUACAAUGUUCUUGAUGUUGACAGCUCCGCAUCAAAAGGUGAAAUUUCGAAGGCCUACCGAAAACUGGCCAGAAUCUAUCACCCUGAUUAUUUAAGGGGACGUGGGGGGUCUGAAAAGGAGAUUGAAGAGGGUGUGUUAAAGUUUCACCAGGUUGCCACAGCGUAUGAGACAUUGAGAAACACUCAAACAAGGGAUGAAUAUGACUACUACCUUCAACAUCCUGAAGAAUAUUAUUACAAUUAUUAUCGGUAUUAUAAGCGCAAAAUGCCAAACGUGGAUGUGAGAGUGGUUUUGUUUGGAACAGUUACAGUAAUCUCUGUGUUCCAAUACAUUAGUUGGAUGACUUCCUAUAACACAGCAAUACAGUAUAUGGUACAGAACUCAAAAUAUAGAAAUGCUGCGAAGGAAGAAGCCAAGAGCAGAGGGUUGUGGGUUGAAAAAAGAAAACAAAAGAAAUUCAAAACAAAAGAAGAUUUAAAGCAAGAGGAGGAUGAUCUAAUUCGUUCCAUUAUAGAAGAAAAGAUGGACAUAAGAGGCGGUUAUCAAAAACCUGAGUACUCUGAUGUACUGUGGAUGCAAAUAAUACUUUUGCCGUAUUAUAUUUAUAAGUUCUUCAAGUUUCAUAUUAGCUGGCUUUACAAUUACACAAUAAUGAAAAAAGAGUUCACUGAAGAAGAUAAAAUUUACCUUGUUUGCAAAAACUUGGGCAUAAAACCAGUUGCAUGGGACAUGCAAAGUGACAAGAAUAAGUAUGAAUGUAUGAAUCGGGAACUGUGGAUUACAAGCAAUGCUAAGGUUUAUAUUCAUGAAAAGCAAGAGGAAGCAAAAGCGAAGAUGGCCAAUGAUCCUCGGAUGAAGAGGUACAGAAGGUGGAUGAAUAAAGGAGGACCAGGAAGACUCACAUUUGAUGAUGAUUAAAACCUGUUCAUCUUAAAAAGAUUUGUGCAAUAUCAUCUUGGUGUGAAAGUGGGGUUACUAUAACUCCAGUUGUUGUUGCAGGAAGCUUUUGUUUCUGGUGUGUUCCUCUAAACAAUUUUUGUAAAUUAAUAGUUUUGUAGCAUGGUGCUCAUGCUAGAUGUGAUUAGGAAAUUUUUUGAACAUUGCAAAAAUAGUGAUGGUAUUAAACAAAAUAUGCAUGGCUAGCACUGAUUCCUGUGGCAAUAUUUAUGUUAUAAAUGAAUAUUUAUAUCUUUUCCUAUGGAAAAAAUACUUCACACUAAUCUGUGGUACUGCCUUGUUAUUUUUACCACCAACAAAACUGUCUUUAAUGCAGCAUUUUACAGACUGCCAUUUUUUUGUAAUUAUUAUCACACAUCAUCUGGGAAUUGGAUACAUAAAAAAACACUUAUGUUGUAUAAAAA